AUGGUUAGUAUGAACUUUUCUAUAGUCAUCGUACUAUAAUCCCAUCAGUUCAGAACAGACAUUCGGCCUAAGUUCUUUCGAACUCUGGCCCUCCUUUGCGAGGACGAAUCUCUAUCAGAUGCGCAGUUAAAGGCUUACCAGACGCGUCUACAGUAGAUCCUGAUUUUUAACUGCCUAACGCUUAAUUUUUAGGGAAUAUCAAACCUUUUUGGAGGCAGUCAGUCGACUAGCUAACUGUGGAAAUGUGUGCAUCACGGAAGAAGCGGUGAUGAUAGGCGAAAACGGGCUUUUGACUGGGGAAUCGUUGAACGCAUUGCAGCAUGCUGGCGCGAUUUCUGUAUAUAACACGUUGCAGCAAAAUAAUUGGGAGUUUCCAGUCCCUGAAGGUUCCCUGGCUCUUGGUCUUUAAAAGAUUUUAUCAUAGAAGGCGAAGCCGUUGUAAUCAAGACUCAUACCACUAUGCCUGACGAAUUUCUUGAUCAGGAGAAGCCUAUUCGCUCAGACUGGCCAUCUAUUCACAUAUCAGAAUGCUUCGUAGAGGGCGAAAAAGCGAAGCUUCAUGGCUCUGUACGACCUCUGCGCACUUUUCUCCCACCCAGUAUCGUUUUUCGAAACGCCGCCGAUAUCGAUGACGAUAUGCCAGAGCCGGAAUUACCUGUUUCGAACUCUACUGGAAUAGAAGCUGGUCUUGAAAUCGUCUCUACACCCGAAGGUCUUGCCGUAAGGAAACCCACUGAGAAGGAUACAGAGCCAGGUGAUUGAGAAUUUCUUAUAAAUUUGCAUUUCUCCUGUUCAUCCUGACCAAAAUUUAAUCCGUUUGGCGACAUUUACCCUGUUCUGGAUUAUUUUGUCGUCUUCAGUCGGUUGGUUGGUUUAUCAAUUUGAAAUAACCCCCCAGGAGCUUUUUGUUCUGUUGUCAUGUUGGGCUUGGCUGCUUGUUCAAUGAGAUAUGAAUUUCGAUGGUUAGGUCGGCACUCUCGAAAGUCACGUUCAGCUCACGCCAUGGUGUUUUAGGAUCUUUCAAUUCCCCUCAUUCUAUAGAAAAUAGCUAUCUGCCGGAAACACCUAUUUUGGUUUUCUAGUUUUGCUGUUCUACUAUUCUUAUAGUAAAGUUCAAUUUGGUCCUUGGUCAAGGACUAAAAAACUGAGAGAGGACAUUGCUUAAUUGAAAAACAGUGUAGGUUUCUUAGUUUCAUUUCCACCCAGUUUAAUAAUCACCAUUGGCACAGGACAACCAUGAUACGAAUUGUCUCUUGCUAGGGAGUCCGAUGGGUUUAUAUAGUGCAUGUAAGGAAUGUGGACGCAAGACAGCAACUGGUUUCUAUUAGGUGUCACUUGCGACGAAUUUUCGCCCCUGACGAAGGUGGCCAGGGCUACUUUCGGUUGUAUAGUGGAACUUUUACUUCUUCUUGUUCAUCACAUUGCUUAGCCAAUAACAGUAACUUGAGUGAGGUACUGUGACUCUGUGCUGUUUUUUUUUCAGGAAAAAAGACCGGUCUGGCAAAUCAGUUGCUUAAUCCCGUUACUUGGAUCAUGCGGUUAUCCACUGCGCUACUUACAUGCUCAUACCAUUUAUCUCGUGUAGCACCCCUGCCUGUUUUUUUGAAGUUGCCCAUCCGCUUGUCUGGUAGUUCGUCGGUCAUACUCGACGAGGACCGUUAAUGCCCCGAGAGUCAACCGUCACUUGUGUGAGGGAGACCUGCGCGGCCUCUAGCCCGCCCUCUCCCUCCGCACUCAGUUUGUUUGAAGGGCAAUGUAAGGUAAAGCCCACUAGAGGUGGAAAGGGGCUGGUGAUGCCAAACCACCUUCCUCGCAUGCUGCAUACGCAGAUUACAAGAAAAUGAUAUCGAAUCCUUUGCUGAGGCAACCUCUUUAUCAUGGCUGCUUUAAGAAAGAACCACUGUAGUCUGGCCUUCUGUUUCUCGGCUGGCAACUUUCUAAGUCAUGAUUUUUAGCUCAUCGUGCGCUGAACCCGUGUUGACUCGAUCCCGCUCUCCUCCCUACCCCACUAUAUACCAGCGUAUACCUGGCUGAAGAAGGGAUCGGGUUUAGUAGUUGUGGCACGGAUCCCCAUCCACACCUGCCGUACACCUGUUUAACCUCCGUAUAGGUCAGUAGCAGUUGUGAGUCCUCCUGGUAGCCUACGAACUUCUCGCAUGAAGUCAUACCCUCUGCAACGUUCCUUCGGCGAUUAACCACUUAUAUAUCCACGCCGGUUAUUUCAUAUUGCCAUACACUGCGUUUUCUGGCAUACGUCUUCUUUGGACUAAAGUACUAAAACAAAUCUAGACAUAUUACCCUCUUUGCAUAUGUCUCCAUUUUGGUUUGAUCAUCAUUGGUUGCUUAGAUGAUCGCUGAGCGUGUCCACCUUGUUGGUCAACCACGUGUACGGCUAUCUGACACCCGCUGUGCCAUUCCCCAUCAAGCUGUCUGCGUGGUGCUCCUUAGCCAUAAUCAAUCUUUGAAUCCCUUCAAUACCUGACUAGGCGCAGCAGGUCGGCACCAAAUAAGUGUGCCUUCUUAUAGCGCUCACUUCAUGAGGAUUUCUUUGACUGAUGUAGGCAGCAAAUGCAAGUUUCUAUGGUAUGUAACGUAAAGCCUCAAUUACUGGACCGCUUGUUUUUUUUCCUCCCGCUGUGGAUUGCCAGUUAAACCCAUUUCCAGAACUUGCAACCAAGAAAACCAACCGGAGAGACCGAACUUCUUAAGUGCAGUGAUCAAUCAGCCUCCUCCCAUUUGGAAGUCUCGGAAGUACGUUAAUUGCCAAAUAGUCGCCAGCUAUUAGCGGCAGGAACUAGGGAGACUGCAACGGCGAUUCCUAGCUAUUUGUCGUCGUCGGCACUAGCCCCUCUGGGGAGACACGAGGUUUUGGCCCGAGGCCUUAGUACUUGAGCUGUGCGUUCACGAUCAGAAAUGUAAAAGUUCAGAAAUAUCCAAAGCCGGGCGAGCGACUUUCAACUCUUUACCUUGAUUGCGAUCGCCUGCGUUGCUUCAAGUUAAAACUAACCCUGACAGCUAAUGCCGUUUUUACUAAACUAUUUCCGCUAGUUUGACUUCUCCCAACUCCAUUUCUUGAAGGUAUCGCCUCCUAUCCAUGUGCUGGCGUUCCUGCAUGUGCCCUUCAAUAAUUUAUUUUCAAUGAACGGUCCAUUAUCUUUAAGUGUUACGGAUCACACGCCCCCGUCACAAAAUUCUUUUGCGAAAAACGUGCAAUUGAGGGCUGUUUGGUGACAUCUAAUGUCAUUAUGCGCUGCCUCAGCCGAACGUCCCGAGCUAUCUGUGCCGAAUCAGUCUUAAUGCAAUCUAGCACAUCCAUUAUAUUAUAAUUUCAAUCCAACUUAGAAAUGCAAUGGGCCAGGUCCUUAAGUGUGGUAUAACAGACAGCGCGAAAAUGAGUGAGCUUGGCUUUUUAGUCUAGGUAAUUCUAGUUUUUGUGAGUCUGGAAGAAGUGCGCUCUCUCACACACUUGGGAUUACUAAUCUGCCACGCGUGAACGCCAUCUUUUCUACCCCAAUACCCACUUUCAAAAAAUUGGUCAAUUUUCCCCCUAAAAUUUUGUUCCUUUGUUUGCACACCCCUCCGGCCAAGAUGUAUUUUCAAGUGCACAGACCCAAUCAAUCAAACAGUAGACGGGAUUCUGAUAAUGUACCCCACGCGAAGUCUUGAUCGUCGUUCUCUUUAACCAAGUAAAUUCAACAGGACUUAUUUUGCUACCUUGCGCCACCAAAAUUAAUGUAGACCAACAGAGGACGGAUGGACGCAAGGCGUUGGGGUCGACAAGAAAUUUCUGUUCCUUCGAAUCAGUUUAUGUUUGAAUUUUAAAGCAGAUACGUCUGUUUUUUCGCCAGAAUUGGUCCCGAUCGACGAGUACUACUAUGGCAGACAAGAAGGGGCCGCAGACUACAUUGAAGAGAAAGCCGAGUAUCGGUUUAAAUGCGCGGUUUGCCAACGUAUCUUCUUCUCAAACGUCAAGCUGAUGCACCACAUAAUGGGACAUGUGGAUGAAAGUAUCCAGCCCUUGCUUAAUUUUGCUGCACUCAACCAGUGUCGCGUCUGCAGUCUCGUUUUCGCCAAUGCCUUUGAAUUGAGGGCUCAUACAGAGAAAGUGAGUUAUUUAACCUCCAUUUUUUCCAGUCUUUGACAAAACGCGUAUUGUGAAUUGGCCAGUUACCCUGAUUUAGAAAAGAGGCCAAUAAAUUGUCAGGUUAACUUCUUGUAACUGGGCUUGAAUUCCCUACCCGAUGUUCCAAUUUAACUUUAUGUGGCAUCCUGUAUCCAUCUUACUUCCCGUUGCUAGUGACCGUCCCGUUCAAUUGAGUACUUGUUUUGCGUUUCACUAGCCGUCGGCGGCGGUUUUGGUGAUUGUAGAAGUCCAGACACUCAGCAGACCCUAAACUCGUUGAUUUAGACCGAAUUGAGCUGAUAAGGCUCCACAACAAUUUUGCCGAACGGAUUGUUUUCAGAGAGGAAAAACACUCAACUACAUGUCGACAGAGUACUCUGUUUAAGGGAUUUGAGGAUUUGGAGUUUACAAAAAACAACAUCAGGUCGGUAAACCAGAAAAAACCUCUUUACCUCGUAAGGUGGACACUGGAAAAAAGGGUUCCAGCGGUUGUGCAGGGGAGACAAAAAUUUUACAAAUGAUACAAGGCGGACUUAUGUCGAUUUAGUUACCCCGCACUGGCAUGGAUUCUUGUUUGAAUGUUGUAUGAUUCAAUUAUUCGGUUUUUCUAACCGUCAGAAUGAAUGCCUUAUUUUAACUGCUAAGGGGACGAGGUAGAUAAGGCGCCGAAACUCACUAUCCGAAGUCUUCUAAAUCGAAGACAUCAGAAAAAGGUGACGGUACUGUCGGGGCUGUUUAUACACGACAGGAUGUGACCUCUAGACAGACAACUUUUCCAGAAUCCUGCCUAAAUGACGGUGAGGAUGAAACCAGCAUUUAAGUAGUGCACGUCCUCAUGUGUUUGCUUGAUACUUGCAAAGACUCGAUUGCAUUUCAUAGAAAGGACACAGGUAAUUUUGGCAUCUUUUGACCUUUUGGAGAAAGUCACCUUCUCUCGAAUAUGAGUUCUCGAAAGUAUACCAUACCUUGGCACUCAGCACUUUAAAGGACACUACAAAUUCGGAAGUACAAUAGGCGCUUCAACUUCCAGCGAGUUAGGAUUAGGGACAGGCUUAUGAGGGUUGUGGCUAGGAGACUUAGGGUUAGGGUUACGGUUCGAGGAGCUGUUCUUUUGGAACCACCGCCACAUGAGGGCUCUUGAAAACUUGGUCAGUAGCAGCAUGGUUCCACGCCAAUGCGACUCCACAAUUUUCUUUGUUUGACAUCUUCGGAAGAACAACAGGCGGCAUGCGAGUUGUACACUUUACGUCCAAAAAUGUUUGCUGUCGUGCUCAGACAACGAAUCGUGGCUCUCUAUAGCGAGUAGUGCCGAAGAAAUCACCGGCGUUCUGCCGUGUUGUGGUCGUAGGCGCUCAUCAAUGUACGGACUUCGCGUUCAGCCGCUCUAUAGGGCCAACGACGCAUGAUGAUGAUGAUGAUGUGUGUGUGUGUGUGUGUGUGUGUCCGGUUUCUUUCCUCUACCUUACCUGCCACUCUCGUCCAUUGAAUGCUUACAAUGGUCUCAAUUUUGUGUACUUUUCCUCUGACGCUGUGUGAUCGAUGGGAUUUGAAGUCGAGCCACAAAGCGUCAAAUCCAUGUUCUCAAAUAAUUACAGUACUGACUGUGCUAAUUGCCCACAGUACUAAUAGUAAGAUUGAUUCCGAUGAACGGUAGCGGUGUUGUUGGUGGUAAUCCUGGUGUUCGGCUCCGACCACCCACUUUUCCGUUUAGUGUCUAUGACACAGUUAUUGCGUCUGAACUAAAGCACGGAGCCCCAUGUUUACUAGACGCCUGUGACAUAGAUCAAGAAGGCAAUCAUCGCAGUUUUACAGCCCAUGUUUUGAUUGCGUUUCCUAUUACCCCCACUAGGAGCAUCCUGGCGUCAACCACGCUGACCCAUUGAAUGCGACGAAAUCAGACUCCGAUUCUCAGCAGACCGCUUCUCAAAUUAUGCAGCAGCAGCAACAGCAACAGCGUCUCGGCCUGCUUGAUCCCAAUGCCCAGACUAGCGAAGCCGAUAAUUCUCUGCAGGGGGUCUUCAACGCCUUCUCUUGUCGAAUAUGCGGUAAAGAGGCGGCCAGUGACCUGGCCCUCGCUCAUCAUCUACAGUCUACACACCGUCAACGUGAGAUGCCCUACGUCUGUCGCCUGUGUUUAUUCCGCUCGUCGCUAUUUGAGGACCUACUGGAUCACUUCAAGAAGGUACAGAUCUUUGCCUUAUUGUCCGCCGUUAGUGUAUCCUAGUCAUAAGACUCUCUAGCAUUUCCAGUCGCCUUCACCCAUGCUGCAUUGGAAACUGGCUGGUUACUUUGAGGACCUCUUUUCCCCCUCGAUAGGAUAAUAUUUCCCUUUUAAGAUGAUAGUUUCACCCCGAGGAACAAACUGCGUCAUUUUUGAGAGAACGGUGGAAUGAGUAUACUGCCUCUUUUCUUCGUGCGUUUCUGUCAGAAAGUGGUUUACUCGCCUCCACUGCCUCCAGAUCUACGAGCCGUAGUUGCUAGUGCCCUGAAAUCCUACGACAGUCCUUGUCCGCCCUAAGUUCCGUCAUUAAAUAUCGAAAUCCUUCGCGCUCCCAGCGUCCACUCUACCUCUAGGUCUACAACAUCCUCCUGCAUUUAAAUCAUUUAACGCGCGGGCGGCACCAAUCCAGACAGGGAUUCAGCCCGUGAGAUAGUUCGCCGGAAUACGUAUCCGGACUCUAUGAGACUAUGACUCCUCACAGUUUCAUCAGCCGACCCACUCCUGGUUUGGUAGUAGGGUUUCACCUUCAAACCGCUGUACCCUCCUUAGGUCACAGUUGUUAAAAUCUCGAAUUGUUGCGGGCAAACUGCACGCAGCGGCCAUGUUUCCUAGCCGCGGAGUCCUAUGACCUCUGAGCCCUUGGCUUUUAUGUCCCAAAUCUCAUGAUAGGACCACAGGCACUACCGGGAACGAUUGAAUGUGCUGCAUUUAGGUUGCGUGCAGCGCUUCCUUCCCGCCUGCCCGUAUCCUGAAGAUUGCAUAAAUGAAUCGGCGUUGAAUGAACUUCGACAAUUCAACCGUCGUUUCUGGCAAUGCUCCACAGCAGAGUGAGAACAGGGACGGUGAUUUGCGUAUGAGUUUGUUUACAGCGACAGUAAGCUUGCGCCACGUCUAGCACAUUCUCCCUCACCCACCAGAUCCCAGUGUCAUGGCAGCGAAGUCUCAGCAUCCUUGGUGGAUGUCCAGUAGAGUUAAGUUUGUUGUGCCAAGAAAAUAAAUGUUUCGCGUUAUAAGCCGCUGUGACCUUGUAACAGCCGAAUUAGCAUUUUUUUAUAAACUACAAGAAUUUUUGCUUCCAUAUUUUUUGAUAAUUGCAACGGCCAUCCCAUCGCUUUGGCUCGCUGCAAUGACCACAGCACCACGGGCUGGUGUGAUGGGAGCUCAUUACAGCACAAAAGUGACUCGCAAGCUACUGAAUUUCUUGAAGUUUAAAGGACUUGGAACAGGAGGUAUUUCAAGUCCCAUCUACCGCUUGGCGUGGUAGAUGAUGGCGGCGGCCGCGGCCGAAAUCCUACUUGUCUACUGGUAGAAUUCGCCAUUUUAUUGGGUCGCUUUAGUUCGUGAGCUUCCUACAGAGCACCGACCGGCCAGAUCGAUGCCAACUCACACCAGAAGAAUGUUAUUACCGGCAAAGACAAGGGAGACUGGAAUGGCCACUUCUGGCUUAUUAGCCGUCGUCAGCCAGUCGUACCCUAGCUCGAAGUGUGGAACAUGUGGGGCUCGAUUCCGCGACCUGUUAGUUAUAAGUCCAACGCCUCUAACCACUGGGUCACGAGCCCGUUGCCCUUUCGGUUUCGAUCGGGAAUAUACAGUGGUAGGGGGCGCUCACCGAUCGUUCUUACGGAACUCAUUCGUUCCGUUGUGCCUUACGGGCUCUCUCCCGAGCCUUACCAGCAGCCGCACAGCGGCCCUUGAUAUAGGCAGAAUGGUAUUACCGUAAGGUAUUACCAGAAGGAAUUACGGCUGUCAGAUUCGUGACAGCCUGCUUUGGGGUCAUUUAUCGGCCCAGCCACUUCUCUGUUCUAGCCAGCAGGCGAGCCCUUCACUGCCGGCUGCCCAUAACUUUGUUGAGUAGUCUGAAUCCGUCAUACACACCUUCUGAGAUUUUUUGUCGCUCAUCCUAUGAGAGAUUGCCUACCAUCUUUAUACCCCACUCUUCCAAUUCCUCCCCACCCAUCCAGGCACACAAUGGGUCUAACCACCUUCUCUGCACCUACUGUCUUCGUAUAUUUACGCCAUCUGAUGCGAGAGUCCCCGGUCUGCCGCUGCUCUCCGCGGCAUCCAUCAGUGGAGGCGCCGUAAGCACUGCUGGUCUCGGAGCUGGCGUCGGUCAGACGCAGGUCUACCUGCAACACCUGCGUAUGCAUCAGGUGCGCCACCAACUGCGACGUUGUCUCUCCUGCAAACUGAACUUUACAAAUAAGUCGGACUAUCAGGUUCACCGGCGUCUGGAUCACAAGGCUUGCGUUGGCUCUACCGCGGAGACCCAGGAGCGGCGUGUCGAUGAGUACAUGGUAGGUUUAUCAACGUUAAACAUGAUGCUUUCCAGUUCAUCUGUUCCACAUCACUUUGUUACGCUGUCUUCUGUCUACUUACUUGCAUGCUUUCUGACUACAGGUUGCUAGGGCUUUUCGACCGUUGUCUCUUAUCCCUCAUGCGUCUGAAUUUGGCCCUUAAGAUAGGUGUCACUGCAGCUCAAACUUAAAAUGGGACCAAGCAGUCUGGUGUAGGACUAGAGUCAGAAUAAAGACUGGUUCAUGUGUGAUGAGAGGCCAGCAGGUUGGUAGCAUGCAGAAGACGGAGACAAAAUUUCUGAUCAGUCAUCGCAUCGAUCUCAUCUCCGGUCAGCCUGACUCGACUUUGUCACAUGAGACGCGAGAGAAGAGGGAGCGAGACCGACGGCCGUCUGCUUCACUGACUUUGCCGCCGCGUUCGAUUCCGCUCGUCGUGAGUCCCUGUGGCGGAUAAUGACGCUAGAUGGUAUGCCGUCAAAAAUAAUCGCCAUGAUCAAGGCCUGUUAUCGCUCCACUACUGCGAGAGUCCUGGUUCGCGACAAUCUUUCCCACCCGUUCGGUAUUCGGCCUGGCGUUCGACAGGGUUGUAUCCUGUCACCCAUUCUGUUCAACUGUGCUAUUGACUGGAUCCUCGGGAGGACCCUACACGAGGGUGACGGCGUUGAGUUUGCUCCCGGACACCGACUGACUGAUCUCGACUAUUCCGAUGAUGUCGCCUUACUUGCUUCAAGUUUCUGGUCAGUCUCCGCAUCGAUCUCAUCUCCAGUCAGCCCGACUCGAUCUUGUCACUUGUACACGACACGCGAGAGAAGAGUAGAGGAGAGAGAGAGAGAGGGGGGGUGGGAUCCACUGCGCUCCCUGCCUUCACCACAACAAAUCUAACGUGAUGUUCAGUUAUCAUAACACCCUAGACCUUGUGGCUUGAACAAUUUGCGUCUGGAGAAAUAAGUCGGUCCUACCGACCGAAGACCAGGCUUGAGUGGCUCGUGGCAUCUUUCGCUUUGGUUCACGCUAGUUUUGGAACCGGCACACGCGGGGGACUGGAGUGAAAUGUUAGCUCAGCGACUGCGCCCAGGUCCAUCCCCGAUCCUAGUUGCCCAUGCUGGACGUUAUGAAGGAGAAUGAAACCGAUGCUCCACAAGUCUCCGUCUCAUUGUGAUCUAAUCAUCGCGCAAAUUGCGACAGCUCUCCCAGUAGCCUAGAGGUCCUUGUCGCUUUUGCUGAACGGAUUGUUGAUUAAUCACCUCUUGCAUACUUUACCUUCUAGGCGGAGAAUUUGGAGUCCACACCACAACCAUGCGGGCAGCUCAUGACCUCCUCGAAGCCCGCACCGAGUAAGCAGGAGGAAGGAUUAGCUGAGACGGACCAGUCGGCUGAUACAGCAGCAGCGGCAGCAGCUGACGCCGCCGCCGCUGCUGCUGCUGCUGCUGCAGAGUCCAAAGAACAGGAAAACCGGGUGAUACUGCUAAAUGCACCGGAACCGAGCCGGACAAAGGAUCUAUCAAAUAUUGUGUUCCCGCCAGAAGUUGCCUCAAUGUCCUGCCUAGAGUGCGGAGAUAGUUUGGCCUCUGACGACCAUAAGUAAGUGUGUUUCAGUGGUCCUUAAAUGUGCAUAUCUUUGUGCCCUUGUGCAAUGGCUAACGCAUGUGGAGGAGUAGUUAGUCCGUGAUAGAGGGCGCUCGCCGAUCGUUUUUACGGAACUCACUCGUCCCGUUUUGCCUUAGGGCUCUCUCGAGCCCAACCAGCAGCCAAACAGCAGCGCAUGGUAUCUCAACCGACAGGGCAACGAGCCCGUGACUCAGUAGUUAGAGGCGUUGGACUUCUAACCAACAGGUCGUGGGAUCGAGCCCCAAGUGUUCCACACUUCGGGGUUGGGUAUGACCGGCUGACGACGUCUAAUAAGCCAGAACUGGCCAAUCCAGUCUCCCUUGUCGGUAAUCCUACUCUGCUAGAAGUUGGUCUGGCGGAAUGACAGCAACUGCCUAGCUGCAGGGGACAGUCACUCCGCGCACACCCCACCUUACUCUCCAGUAGAGUAAGCUGCACUUUGUAAUCUCCCCACCCCCCUAACUGCUUUGACUAGCGGCCACAUCAUAUGAACGUUAAUCGGAGUAUUCUUCACCUGGUGCACAGUUUAGUCUGUAGGGAGGAAUCAACCGUGCCUUUGCACGCGUAGGCCUGAGCUUGUUGCUUACCCAGUCGCUGCAUCUCCACUUAUUUCCAGCAGUUCUAGUUCUUUGCCACCGAAAUGUAGUUGGGAGAAGAUGUGCGUUUGAGAUCGACCUUUCUUAUCCCUAUUCAAACACAGAUUAUCUUAUUUGCCUUAAGAAGGAUGGGCAUUAUUGAAGCUUAGAAACGGGAAUAGGUACUUCCUCCUUUAUAACGGGUGGUCUGGCACCGAAUUUCAAGGGGGAGGAGUGGUACCUAUUCCCAUAUCCCGGCUCGCUGGAAUUUAGCUCAAAAACCUCCUGUAAAACGAGGGGAUACAUAUUCCUGUGUCCUUUUAUGAGUAGUGCCAGUCUAAGACUGACUGGCUACCCAGCCUUUGAAGGGUGAUGGCCCAGGCUGAGUGCAGGGAUGUUUGCCACGCUUCCAGGCCUCAAGGAAUGUAAGCGUCUGCAAUUCCAGGAUCAGCAAACCAUGGCCCUCGCAGCCUGGUAUGCGCUGGAAGUUCUUUGGCACCAGUUCCCUGCCGGUGACUGCGCCUGCGCUCCUGCUGACUAUACAGGUCGUGAGCAUGGCAGCCCAGUCAUCCUCGUCUUUCAGAUCUGUUGUGGUGCUGUUGUUGGUUAAAAUCCUAGUCAAGUGUUUGUUGUGGGCCAGGGGGUGUGGUGGCACGCCUAGGUUCGGGUUCGGCCGUGCCAGCCGCCUGCGCCCGUGCGGUCUUCGUGACUAUGUUUUGACACCCACCUUAGGUAGGUAGGAUAGAGUGCGGUGGAUGCUGCGCAAGUCAAUGUGUCUGUUUCACCCUACUGUGGAGCACACGGUGGACAUCGUCGAGUACGUCUGUCGAACUACCAUUCCUGUGUCCUACCUUCUUAAAUAAGAAAAGGGAACUGCAGCUUUCGCAUGUUUGCUAAUUACACUGGGCAUCUUUUUAUAUACCUUUUCUGUCGUAUUUGAUGAUGAUUUUCGCAGUGGUGGCUGAUCACCCUAGAAACGUCGAGAUUUAACUGAAACAGGCCAGACAGGGGAUACAGUGUAGCGUCUACGUGGUCAGAGUAUAGUCAGAGCGCCCAAAUAACCAGGCCAAAUCCCGAGUUGUAGAAAAAUACGGCAGUCGGAUUUAUUAUGUACAUAAGCCUCAGUUGUCAUCAGGUCAUAUAAACUCACUUUGACAAUUAACGACAAAAUACACCAAAUCGGCACUACUAAACACAAAAGUCUUAAAUAUAGUACUUUCCGUAAAGCAUUUUUGACCUUUUUGCACUUGUGCGCUGCCUCAAGGGAGACAUGCCCCAUGGGACAAAUUUCUUCACGGGUUUUGUGGGGAAAGGCAUUUUCUAAGGUAACUGCGACUAUUUCAGUAGUAAGGUAAGGACGUAGAUUUCGUUACAACAGAAGUGAACGCCUGUAGUGCCGGAGCGGUGUGUGCGUGUGUCCAGAGCGCCAUAAUCACCAAGCCAGAUACCGAGUUGUAGGAAGACAGAAGUCACCAGACUGAGGGGUUUACUGUACACAGGAUCCUGAAUUCCCCUCUCAGGCGACUACGGCCGCCGGCAAAGCCGUGUUGACUGCGUUCACUCAUGCCCGAGAGUCCAUGAGACAGUGGUAGUAGCUGCUUUUGUAGGUUUGUGGGACGAGCUCAAGUGGUGUCCAGUUGGUGCGUGUGUUGCCUUCGCUGAGGAGCGCAUGGGUAUCUGCGACUGUGUGCGUCCGAGUUGAAGUCUGUCGAGUGGCUACAGGUCAGAGGCGUCUGGAACUACUCGCGGCGAAGGUGAAUGACUUUGAGGCCCUGAACAAGGACACCAGACGUGACCAUUAUAGCUGUCGGCAACAACUACAGUGGUUCUUGAACUGCGGGCGCCAAGCAAACCUGCCCUGCUUUUAGACAAAGUUGAUAAAGUCAGCUGUUCUGCUACGGACACCGCAACCCCAAAUUUACAACCUUCUCUUUAUUCUACAGCCGUUUAUAUAUCGUUAUUAACUGCAGCCUAGCUUUGUGGAGGUCAUUUUACUCUAUUUCGAUGUCCGAUUCUUUUCAGUUAUCUUUACUUAACUUUUCAUUUCAGACGUUAUCUGCCCUGCUCCGCUUGUGUUUUCGCAACCUGCUGCGCAGCCGGUUUCGCACGCCAUGUCCACCGGACCCAUCUUUAUAGCGCGGAAGUUUUAGCGGACUCGCAUGUGGGUGGACCAAUGGUUCGGCCGGUGGCCUUCGACUGGAUGCUCCAGUGCCUCCCUGUGGUAGAGGAGGACACAAAACCGCACACCGAAGAGCCACUUGCCGUCAUUAAGCCCGCCCUAUCUCCGGAAUUGCCGGUGGGUCAGGCGGAAGUCGCCACCAGCUCUGGCGAGUCGACGGAUCAAGCUGGGGCCGAACCGAUGGAUUCUUCUUCGGAACCCGCUGUUGCUGGUGCGAAAGUUUCUGCCAUCACCAGUGUUAACCAGGACGAGGACAUGACAGAGGCCACUGGCCAAUCAUCAGCCCCCGAGGCCGCUGCAUCAGCUGAGGUCCUGCCGCAGGUCACCGAGCCUGGAGAAGCUGUACCGGGUGGCCUUUCGAGGAUCGAUGUAGGUGCAGAAAAUGCGCCGACGAUCGUGGAUACCGCACACGUGCAAUCGGACGAUUCAUCAGCGGUUCGGGAUGCGGAUGUCGCAAAGCCAGUGGAACCGGGCGCCAUCUCCACAACUGAAGAACCAGCCGUCGGUCCUGUUCAUGAAGGUUAUUUCGCUUGUCCACGCUGUGCACUCUCCGGUGUUGACGGAAACACGCUGGCUCGCCAUCUGGUUGAGGAUUGCGGUGCUGAAGGCGCAACCCUUCAACCGGAUCCUGAAAUUGUAACCGCCCGACGUCAAGCUGAGGAACAGUUGCUCUUACAACAGCAGCAGCAGCAGGUACCACUUCCACCAUGAAUUUCAGCACUUAUUGUGGCGCCUUUAUACUUUAGCUCAUCAGUUGUUCCCCAAAAUGACAGCCUAAUACUUAAUGUUUAUCACAUGUACUCAGAAAGUAUCAGACAAGCGUGGAGUAAGUUCUUCUCGACAGGUCACACUAACUUUGGCCCUGAACUUUGUGUAUUUAAAUCAACCAGGGGAACGCUCAUCCUGUUCACACCUAUUGUAUGUACCGUAACUAACCCCCACCACAUGGUAGACUUCGGAGAACCCGCUAAUCUGCCUAACCCCUCAGUUGCACCAUGCAUCCACAGAAACAUCGACGAAACGCGUGUUGGGACUUUUAGGUCGUAGUUGUGUUACGAUUACGACGAAGAAAUUUUCUAGGUGGAGUCAAGAAUUUGCUAGCUGUUUUAGUGACUCCUACAAAGCGCCACAUCUUUUAAUCAUGCUUUGUACAUUCCGUUUUCAUGUACCAUUGGUUGCAUCUGAAACGUCAGCUGGGUGAUUCUUUGGGGAGCUUGAUGUCCACUUUAACCCGUGGUUCGUUUUGCAGUUAGCAUAACUAUUAGAGCACAUCCGUCAUGUAAUCGACUGGCCGAUACGCACCUUUGUUGGGAACACAAUAGCUCUGAUCUCACCCAUAGAGUUGCAAGGGGAGGGUAAGGUAUUGGUGGCUAGAGAGAGCCGUGAAUUCAAUGGCUGACUCGACAUCGAGAUCCUGUCUGCGUGAAUCUCGUGCGUGCUUGUCUCUCACUCCACGCAAAUCACACAAGUCGGAUUUCACAACGGUGACGGUUGUUAUAAGACCACACCGGGAAGAAGCAAUCGUCGCCUAACCUUUACUUCCAAGGACCAAAUUGUCCGUUAGUUUACAAUCUGCCAAGCCACAGCUUUUGUCGUGUCGUGCUAGUUCAAGUGUUUCAGGUUUCUUAUGGUCAAAAUCCUGGGCAAUGGCACUUUCUUCGGGAGCGGACGUAUGCUGAGCAAGGACGGCCGUAUGUAACAUCGUGUAAAUGCUUCCCGGAGUGCCAGUUAGCAAGCCUCCUCCCUAGAGUUACUGCCGCUGAUUAUUAUUCGAAAGAAGGCAGGCGCUUAUUGCCAAACCGUGCAGUCCGCAGUUUCCACCAUCCCUCUUCUAGGAAGAGUACGUGUACCUGUCAAUUUCUUUUCAGCAGGCAACGGCCAUGUUGUACACCACGGGUGGCGGCUUGUCACUAAUGGAUGAAAAUGCCCAAAUGGCGAACACCCAGCUCUAUCUCAGCGAGCCCCUGCCCGAGGGUGCUUCCAACGAAGGUCUCGUCGCCCAGUAUGCCGGUGCGAACGGCAUUCCAAUGGUACUGAGCAGCGAAGAUGGCCAACUGCCUGAGGGCGCGACCAUCGACUUCACAACACCCGGCGGUGACGUCAUCCAGCGUCUGGUGCUGCCCGAGGAUCUGCAUUUGGAGGCCGGCCAGACCCUGGUCCUCAUUCAGGGCGAAGACGGACAGCCCCAGUUUGCCAUCGUGAACCAAGCAGGUGACUUAAGUAGCACUUUUUUGAAGACUUCCUCUACUAGCACAUCCAUGAUUCAUAUAUUACUGUUGUGGAACACCCUGGGACUCCUGAAGUAUUGGCAUGUCUGAGUAACAACUGAAGGACUUUGCGACCUGGAUUGUAAUUCUCUUUAAACUAGUACCUUAAAAGGUCUCCCUAGCAGGUUUUUUAAGAAGCCGCAAUAUCCUCCAUGUAGGUCGCGCAUACCCUAGUGUCUCAUUGCGGCCUAAGCAAUACUGUCUGUUCGAUUGCACGUUCACCAGUGUAUCAGGAAUUUGGUGGUAACCACGUUAUUAAGUACUGCUGACUGUAAUUUUACCCAAGAAUUGGUUUAUUAUGGUCCCUACUGUUUUUCGUUGUAGAAUGGGAGGCCAACAACCAACAGCUCAUGCUACAACAAGAGGACGAAACAAAUCAACUUCUUUUAUAUGGAAACGUGAGUCCCUUCUAAAUACCUUUUGGAAACAGGUCCCUUCUCAAAUACCUUUUGGAAACAACCGUCAGGUGUUUUUGCACUAACAGCAAACCUGAUGGUCAUCGUUGGAAUGUUAGUGGGCGCUGCCGUUUUUCAUGUUCUGGAUCGACCGCGUGAAGGGAUGUUGUCCAUAUAUUGGGAUUAUCGAAACUAGUAUACUUGGACGAAUUUUCAACGAAUUUACUGCUUUAGGUUGUCCUUGAGGCAAACGUCUGACGCGAUUGACGUUUGUGGACCGACCUAAGAACGAAUUUUCAUCACCAAGGAAACUGGCUCGCAGCUAGCGCGUUGAACCAAAACCGUAUUCUCGCGACUUUUCUACUUAAAGAGGCAUCGCUGCUAUAUUUCACAGAUGGAGAUCGGUGUCGUUCACAUUUUUUCCGAGGUAGACAGAUUUUCUUUUUCCAUGCACUCUCUCUUCCCCACCCACCUGGUCCCGGUAACAAGACGGUGUCAUAAUGACCCGAGACGUAGUCCGACGCAGUGGCCAACAAAGUCAAAUGGCCUAUCUACGCCUCCUGCACACGGCCUGGUCUCGCGGACACGUCAGGUUUUUUGGAGGACAGGCGACUCGUACCCCCAUCUGGAUGGGAAUGUCGUAGAGGCCACAUCCAGAAGGGGCUAUCGCGGCCUGACUCUCCAUCCUGAAGGUACUGAUGUAUCUUGGCAGUUGGCAGCCUCCCAAAUCGCAACUUUUAGAGCUCCGUAAUAGAGGCAAGCGCGUCAGACUUUUAUAGUGAGGGGAAGUGCCGUGAGGUCGAAGUCCCCAGAGUCGAACUCACCCUCUCUUACCAGUAGCAGUUCACUGUCCGAACCGGCCAGUCAUCUGAUUCUGGCAUGGAGCACAAGUAGAUGGCGCGGCGCUAAACCACUACACCCCUCAUGUGUGUGGCAUUUGUCAUGGGAUGCACGACUCUUUUUAGCCGGGUUAACGCAUGUCGUCUCAUAGUCUGAUCUCCGUUUUGGUCCAGCUCAUCUCCUGCCUGACUCGUUGUGGGGUACAAUUACGAAGCAAGAGGCGGUGGUCGCCGUGAUAGCUUUGUUUGGAUCCGAAUUUCCCAAAAACACGCGGACGCAAACUGACGCGCGAGUUGGUCACUUCCUCCCCCUGCCUAUAGGAAUAGUUCGCGGCUUCAUCUGGAUUUUGUUUUCUAUACAUCUCUUUCAUCUUCCUCUUCUUUUGCAGAUGGAACAACCGAGGGCCGUAUCCGAGGAGGAGAAAGAGAACCAGUUUGCCGCGUAG